GAUGUAUAUUUUCACUUUAAAUAUUGCUCAGUUGAAACCUCAGGUUAGGCCUGUAUGCUGGCAAUUUGUGAAACUGCAUGUAUAAUAAUUAGCCAGUUAUCAUAAUAUUAUUCUUAUAGGAUGGUGUUUAUAAAGUAACCACCAGCAAUCACAUUAAGUUUGUUUAUUAUCCACAUAUCUGAAACCAUUUAGGGGCAUGUGCUGAACAUAGCCACAUUUCGAGCAAGUGUUUACAUUUUAUUGCAUUUAUUUUCUUUGGUGUGGCAUAAGAGGCCCUAUUAUUAGCCAAAUCCUGCAAUUUGCUUUGAUUAAAGAGUUGUGAUUCAAGGUUUGCAUAUGAGAGGGAUAAAUGGAACAUUAGGAGAAAAUUAAUUCCUCGAACCUAAACUUUAUUUAGUAUAGACUUUUGAACGGAAAAGGCUUUAUUAAAGAUGAUCUUGGAUGAGUAUUACAAUGUGAAAUUCUGCAUUGAUGCCAGUCAGCCAGAUGUAGGAAACUGGCUGAAGUAUAUCAGAUUUGCUGGAUGCUAUAAUCAGCCCAACCUUGUUGCAUGUCAAAUAAGUGAUCAGAUAUAUUACAGAGUGGUGAAAGACAUUGAAGCUGGAGAAGAGCUCCUUCUGUUCAUGAAGACUGAAGACUAUUUACACGAUCCUAUGGCUCCAGACAUUCAUGAGGAGCGUCAGUAUCGGUGUGAAGACUGUGACCAGCUGUUUGAGUCCAAAGCAGAUCUCGUGGACCAUCAGAAAUUCCCAUGCAGCACACCUCACUCAGCGUUUUCGAUGGUGGAUGAGGAAUUUCAGCCAAAGCUUGACAAGGAGAAUGACCUCCAUGAUAUGCAUGACAUUCAAGAGUGCAAAGAAUGUGACCAAGUGUUCUCUGAUGUGCAAAGCUUAGAAAAGCACAUGCUAUCGCACACCGAAGAGCGGGAGUACAAGUGUGACCAGUGCCCCAAAGCCUUUAACUGGAAAUCCAACUUGAUACGCCACCAGAUGUCCCAUGACAGUGGGAAGCAUUAUGAAUGCGAAAACUGUGCCAAGCAGGUUUUCACGGACCCCAGCAACCUCCAGAGACACAUUCGUUCGCAGCACGUUGGGGCUCGUGCGCAUGCUUGUCCAGAGUGUGGUAAAACUUUUGCCACUUCUUCAGGCCUCAAACAGCACAAACAUAUCCACAGCAGUGUCAAGCCUUUUAUAUUAUGCCGCCCUGGCUUGGGAGCAAACUCACCAACACCAACUCACCAACACAAAGGUGAGGUCUGCCAUAAGUCCUAUACUCAGUUUUCAAACCUUUGCCGUCAUAAGCGUAUGCAUGCUGAUUGCAGAACCCAAAUCAAGUGCAAAGACUGUGGACAAAUGUUCAGCACUACGUCUUCCUUAAAUAAACACAGGAGAUUUUGUGAGGGCAAGAACCAUUUUGCGGCAGGAGGAUUUUUUGGCCAAGGCAUAUCACUUCCUGGAACCCCAGCUAUGGAUAAAUCUUCCAUGGUUAAUAUGAAUCAUGCAAAUCCGGGCCUUGCUGACUAUUUUGGUGCCAAUAGGCAUCCUGCUGGUCUUACCUUUCCAACAGCUCCUGGAUUUUCUUUUAGCUUCCCUGGUCUGUUUCCUUCAGGCUUGUACCACAGGCCACCUUUGAUACCUGCUAGUUCUCCUGUUAAAGGACUGCCAAACACAGACCAAUCAAUCAAAAGUCAAAGUCCCCUCAUGACACAUCCUCAGACACUGCCAGCUACCCAGGAUAUUUUGAAGGCACUAAAUAAGCACCCACCUAACCUAAGUGAAAAUAAGCCAGUGGAGCUUCAACCAGAAAGGUCCUCCGAAGAGAGGCCACAUGAAAAAAUCAGUGACCAGUCAGAGAGUAGUGACCUUGAUGAUGUCAGUACCCCCAGUGGGAGUGACCUGGAGACCACCUCUGGCUCUGAUCUGGAAAGUGACAUUGAAAGUGAUAAAGAGAAAUGUAAAGAAAAUGGUAAAAUGUUCAAAGACAAAGUAAACUCUCUGCAGAAUUUGGCUUCCGUAAAUAAUAAGAAAGAAUACAGCAAUCAUUCCAUCUUCUCACCAUCUUUAGAGGAGCAAACUGCGGUGUCAGGAGCUGUGAAUGAUUCUAUAAAGGCCAUUGCCUCUAUUGCUGAAAAAUACUUUGGUUCGACAGGACUUGUGGGGCUACAGGACAAAAAGGUUGGAGCCUUACCUUACCCUUCCAUGUUUCCCCUCCCAUUUUUUCCAGCAUUCUCUCAGUCAAUGUACCCAUUUCCUGAUAGAGACUUGAGACCGUUACCUUUGAAAAUGGAACCCCAAUCGCCAGGUGAAGCAAAGAAGAUCUUAAAGGGAAACUCCGAGUCUCCCUUUGACCUUACCACUAAACGUAAGGAGGAGAAACCACUUACUCCUAUAACCUCAAAACCAGCAGCUCCAUCAGUGACCAACCAGGACCAGCCUCUAGAUUUGAGUAUGGGCAGCAGAAGUCGAGCUAGUGGUACAAAACAGACUGAGCCUCGGAAAAACCAUGUGUUUGGAGGAAAGAAAGGAGAUAUUGAUCUUGAAUCAAGGAAGUCAUCGGACAUCUCUUUGCAACAUGCAAGGCCAACACCUUUCUUUAUGGAUCCCAUUUACAGGAACGUCGAUCUCCACUGCAAUCAAAGGUGUUUCACUCAAGAACUCAAAACACGUUGUACCAUAGCAACACAACGUGGAACUCAAGGAGUAGAAAAAAGAAAGCUAACUGACCCACUUGAAGCUUUAAAAGAAAAGUACUUGAGACCAUCUCCGGGAUUCCUAUUCCACCCACAAUUCCAAUUGCCUGAUCAAAGAACUUGGAUGUCAGCUAUAGAAAACAUGGCUGAAAAGCUAGAGAGUUUUAGUGCCCUGAAACCAGAAGCCGGUGACAUCAUGCAAUCUGUCCCUUCCAUGUUCAACUUCAGAGCCCCUCCCAGCACCCUGCCAGAGAACCUUCUACGAAAAGGCAAAGAGCGCUAUACCUGCAGAUACUGCGGCAAGAUAUUUCCAAGAUCUGCAAAUCUUACCCGUCACCUGAGAACACACACUGGAGAACAGCCUUACAGAUGCAAAUACUGUGACAGGUCUUUUAGUAUAUCGUCUAACCUGCAGAGACAUGUUCGUAACAUCCAUAAUAAGGAGAAGCCCUUCAAAUGUCACUUAUGUGACCGGUGCUUUGGCCAACAAACCAACUUAGAUAGACAUCUCAAAAAACACGAGAAUGGCAACAUGUCUGGUACUGCUACGUCUUCACCUCAUUCUGAACUUGAAAGCACAGGUGCUAUCCUAGAUGACAAAGAAGACUCAUACUUUACUGAAAUUCGUAAUUUCAUUGGGAAUAGCAACCACAACAACUCAGAAGAAAGAAUUAAUGGAAGUCACUUUAAGGAUGAAAAGACUCUGGUGACAAGCCAGAACUCAGACUUGUUGGAAGAUGAAGAAGCAGAAGAUGAAGUAAUGUUGGAUGAAGAAGAUGAAGAAAGUGAGAUAACAGGGGGGUCUGUUAAAGAACCAGCUGUAAGCAACAUAUGUGAAGAGGGUGACUAUGAAGAAGCAAAUGCUUUGGAAAUGAAUUGCAAGACUUCUCCUGGCAGGUAUAAGGAAGAUGAGUUUAAUAAAACUGGACUUUCUGCGUUGGACCAUAUAAGGCACUUCACUGAUAGCCUCAAAGUGAGGAAAGCAGAAGAAAGCCAGUUCAGUGAAGCUGAACUGGCAGCGUUUAGCACCUCCCAUCUGCCAGAAGACUUAAAGCAGCCAUUGUGUCGCAAGUCCAAAUCCCAGGCCAUUGCUAUGAUGCUUUCACUCUCCGACAAGGACUCUCUCCACUCUGCACCCCACAAUUCAUCCAAUGUGUGGCACAGUAUGGCAAGAGUUGCUGCAGAAUCCAGUGCCAUCCAGUCCAUUAGUCAUGUAUGACACCGUCAAACGUAACAGGAUUGGGACCAAGUCCAAACUAGCAACAUGGCUCUUUGCUAGAAGACUAUUUAAAAGACUGCAGAGCAGAAUGCCUUAGAAAUCUGAUGGGUCACAUUUAAAGUCAGGUGACCUUAAACUGAAUGAUUUAAAAGAAAGAAAACUAUUUAUUCUCAAUCUUUUGUUUUGCACAGCGAAGGCAGCUGCUGACAUUUUGAGGAUCAAUGCGACUUUCAAAAUACAUGGAUCAAAUAGACCUUGUUGGGGAAUAUGUGUCUUCCACUCCACCUGCUUGGGGAGGGACUUAUGGGUUAAGACGUGUAUUGUUACACACACGUUAGCACUCCUUUAAACUAAAACAGAAUUGUUUUUUCCUUUUUGAGUCUCCCCCCCCCCCCCGUGUAGAAUGGUAAUUGUAGGCAGGAUUAGGAACAGUUGCUUUUCUAUACAAAUCCUCUUCAUCUAUGCUUUAUGCGUUUGAAACCAUUUAAGGAAGACAAAGCAGUUCCCUCGAAUGUACAUCUACCAUUAAUCUAGAACCUAAUCACAAGGAAUAUUUUGCCCCCUCCUUAACUUUUGCCUUCUGAACUGCAUUGUAAAAAUAAAGAACCACAUGAGACAAUAAUGUAAGACGUCUGUGUAUAUUGUAAAAAAAGAAGAAAAAAAACUUGGGAGAGUUCAGCAAUUAAAGGAGGUGAGUCUUUCAGCAUACUACAUGCAAAAGACCACAGUCAUCAAACAUACCACUAUAGUUCAAUGUUUCCCUGAUCAAUGUAAUGACAUUUUAAUUUUAGACAAUCAUGUCACUGUUUUGUUUGUUUUAUUUUGUUGGUGUUCAUUUGUUGCUCUUGAUUUCUUUCUUUAUUGGUGUUGCGUGUACAUGUAAUUUAUUUGUUGGCAAACAAUUGUUUGUGGAUUAAGAAAAAAGCACUCUUGCUAAAUGUAGCACUGUUCAUAUGAAAUUAAUAGCACUGUUCCAGUUCUCUCCAACCCCACCCCACAUCAUUUUUCUGGGCACCCAUGGACUUAAAAAAAGGAGGCGAACUGAUCUGCAUAUAUGUUCGUGCAAACAGUGUUUAAAAAAGAUUUCUUACAUUCCUCUUUUACUAUCGUUUUUUUCCUUUUACUAAAACUAAAUAAUGAAUAGAGGUGAUUUAGAGAUUUUUUUGUAAUACAGCAAAAAUGAUUCAAAUGUAUAAAGCAUUCUAAUUUUUUCUUCAUGAAAGCAUGAUUCUUCUGAUUAAAAAAAGAAAAAGAAAGCUGUACCCAAUAUUUUAUGCCGGUUGUCUGCGAGCUUGUGUGAUGUUACGUUCAUGUUAAUCCUAUUUGUAAAAUGAAGUGUUCCAAACUUAUGUUUAAAAAAGAAAACCCCCAAUAAAUAAAUAAUGAAUUGUAUUCAGUUAUUUUGGGGGCAGGGGCGGGAGGGGGCCAAGAAUUUCGCCCUUUUGGUGAGGGACCAGAUUUUAUUUUCCUUUUUGUUUAUUAUCUCAUUUUGAAAUAGCCAGCAAGUUGAGGUACUUUCUUUAAAUGCUUUGUACAAUGUAACUGUUAUGCAUUUCAGUACAUUACUAUGGGAGGAUCAAAUUUAAAAAAAAUAAAGGAUUACAAAAUGAA